AUGAAAAUGAUGUCGCUUCCGACUCCGAAACCGCCUGUAUUUAGUGGUAAUAUUUUGGCCUACCCAAAGUGGACGUUAGCUUUCGAUGCCUUGAUUGACGGUGAAGCUGUAAACCCAGCACAUAAGUUAUACUACCUUGGGGAAUAUACUAGUGGACAAGCCCAGAAAAUGAUUGAUGGAUUGUUGGGGCUGCAAUCUGAUGAUGCGUAUAAGAGAGCUAGGCAGAUAUUGCAAGAACGCUUUGGUGAUCCAUACAAGAUUUAUCAGGCAUACAAUGAAAGGCUUAAGUCAUGGCCAGUAUGCAGCAAAGCUUCCGAGCUUCAGGAAUUCAGCGACUUUCUGGUAACAGUGCAAGAAACUAUGAAAACAGUGAAGCACCUCAAGGACUUUGACACCUUUUCUGCUUGAGCUUGUUAAAGGAAAGUAUGAUUUUAACGACCUAGUUGACUUUGUGCAAAAGGCAGCAAAGGAUGCAACUCAUCCAGUGUUCUCGCAUGAAGUUCUGUUAUCUAAGAGAAAGGAGUUGUUGAAAGACAAGAAGCAAGAAGACAAGAAUAGUUAUCACAAGAGAAAGUUUGGCUCAUUCAACACAAGUAAGUACAAUGAAAGCUCUGGUCAUAGUGAUAAGAACAUAAAUGAACUCAUGUGCCCUGCAUGUAGAAAGCCUCACAAAUUGGAGAACUGUGACAUAUUCCUAAAGAAGUCUGUAAAGGAACGAUCAGAAUUAGCUAAGUCGAAAGGGCUUUGCUUCCUGUGUUUAUGUCAUGGUCAUAUGGCCAGGAGUUGCAAAGAAUCCAUUAGAUGCCAGACUUGUAAGAAACCCCAUGCCACACUUCUCCAUUUUGAAUCCAAGGAGUCUAAGAACGGGAAUAAGAAAGAGAACGAAGAGUCUGGCAAAGAAAAGCCUAAAGUAGCUAAUCGUGUCGUAGUGUGUCAUAGCAAUGAUUGCAAUGAAGUAACAACAUCGUCUUUAAUACUUCCGGUAUGGAUAUGUCACAAGGACAAUCCUGAGAAGAAAAUAAUGACAUAUGCUGUUUUAGAUGAUCAAAGUGACACAUGCUUUGUAACGGACAGUGUUUGUGUUCAGUUAGAAAUUGAAGGACCUGAGACUGUGAUUGAGUUAGGAACAAUGCACGCUGUAGAAGAUAUCAGAACCCAGAAAAUUAGCGGUCUUAUUGUUUCAUCGGAAGAUAAGUCAGUAGAUGUACCUUUACCAAAAGCUUAUUCCCGUGAAAAUAUUCCAGCGCGUCGAGAUCAGAUCCCUAGAGUAGAAAUGGCGAUCAAUUGGAGUCAUUUGAGUCCAAUUGCCAAUGAAAUACCAGAAUAUCGUGAUGAUCUCGGUAUUGGUCUCCUAAUUGGUAACAAUUGUGUCGAAGCUAUCAAACCACGUGACGUUAUUCCCGGAAAACCUCAAGACCCGUAUGCUAUUAGAAACCUCAAGACCCGUACUGUAUUCGGUUGGGGUUUGAUUGGAGUAACAAACCCUGUUGAUCACCGCGAAUGCCAAUCAGACGGAACUAGAAUACAUUGCCAUCGAGUUACAACCAAAGAUAUCACAACCCAGAGUACCGGUUCAACCUUUGUAGAGCAAACCCAAGUAAAGGAAGUAUUGAAUCCUCACGAAGUGUUAAAGAUGUUUGAACAGGACGUUUCGGAAAAGAAGAGAAAGAAACCAAUGUCGUUAGAAGAUCGAAUGUUCCUGGAUAUAACGAAAAGAGAGAUUCACGUUACUGACGAUGGACAUUAUGAGUUGCCACUUCCGUUUCGAAAUGACAAAGUUGAAUUACCGUCGAACAGAAAGCUUGCUGAAUCAAGGUUAAAUGGCCUUAAAGCAAAGUUCGCCAAGGAUGUCAAAUACAAAAGAGAUUAUAUGCAAUUUAUGGAUGAUAUGAUGAAGAAAGGCUACGCUGAGAAAGCUCCACAGACUGAUGGAAAACCGUGGUAUAUACCUCAUCAUGGAGUGUACCAUACACACAAACCCAAUAAGAUCAGGGUCGUAUUUGACUGCUCAGCCGAAUAUGAAGGUCAAUCAUUAAAUCAACAUCUUUUACAAGGACCUGACCUAACGAACUCGCUCACUGGUGUACUUUGUCGAUUCCGCGAAGAAAGAAUAGCGUUUACGUGUGACAUCGAAUCCAUGUUCUGUCAGGUACGUGUGAAUGAAGAGCAUCGCGAUUACUUAAGGUUCUUGUGGUGGCCUGACGGAGAUACAUCGAAGGAGCCCGAAGACUACAGAAUGCGAGUCCACCUAUUUGGAACAACGUCAUCACCCGGAUGUUCCAAUCUAGCGUUGAAAACCACGGCCAAAGCUGGUGAAGAAGAGUUUGGAACAGAUGCCACCUCAUUUGUCGAAAACUGUUUUUAUGUUGAUGAUGGGUUAAAGUCCUUUGAGAAGGUAGAGCAAGCGACUAAGUUGAUAAAAAGCAGCAUUGAAAUGUGCCAGAAAGGCGGAUUUCGUCUACACAAGUUUACUGCAAACAAGCGAGAAGUGAUCGAGUCCAUUCCCGUUGACUACCGUGCUACCGAAGUCAAAGAACUCGAUCUGUGUCACGAUAUACUUCCGAUCGAACGAGUGCUAGGAAUGGAGUGGUGCAUCGAAAGUGAUUCUUUUCGGUUUCGCAUAACCUUAAAGGACAGACCACUUACAAGACGCAGGGUUUUGGCAACUAUAAGUUCCAUUUAUGAUCCCCUCGGACUCGCUACCCCUGUUCUACUCACUGGAAAAAAGAUCCUACAAGCCCUGUGCAAAGAGAAUGCUGAUUGGGAUGACCCUCUGCCAGAAAAGCUUAGAAUAGAGUGGGAAAGAUGGAGAAAGGACAUUCAUUUGUUGGGAAACAUGAAAGUUGAAAGAUGUUACAAACCUGAGAGCUUUGGAGAGGUGAAGAAAACUGAACUUCAUCAUUUCUCUGACGCAAGCUGUGAAGGGUACGGUCAAUGUUCGUAUAUAAGAUUGGUUGAUGAUAGCGAUAGAAUCCACUGUUCAUUAGUUGUGGGCAAAUCUCGUGUGGCGCCACUGAAACAAGUUUCGAUUCCAAGGUUAGAGCUAACAGCCGCGGUUGUUUCUGUCAAAGUCAGUGCCAUGCUUCAAGAAGAACUCGAUUAUAAGAGCAUCGAAGAGAUAUAUUGGACAGAUAGCAAAGUCGUUUUAGGAUAUAUUAACAAUGAUGCGCGUCGCUUCCAUGUAUUCGUGGCUAAUCGCAUCCAACAAAUCAGAGAUCAUUCGUCAAAGGAUCAGUGGAAUUACGUUGAGUCAAAGUUAAAUCCAGCUGAUGAGGCAUCCCGAGGUUUAAAGGCCUGUGAUAUUGUGAGCGAUUCGAGGUGGAUAAACGGUCCGUCAUUUCUAUACGAAGCUCACCAAGAUUGGAAUCAUUUUAACCAACCGGAUGACAAAGCAAAGCUGGAAACAGAUGAUGUCGAAGUAAAGAAAGUCACAACCUUUGCAACAUCUGUGAAAAAAUGACGUGGUAGAGAGAUUAGAAUACUUUUCGAGUUGGCACCAAGCCAAGAAGGCCAUCGCUAUUUGUCUUCGUUAUCGCAGAUUGUUACGUCAAAGGGUACGUAAGAAAAGGGAGGAAAAGGAUGUCGAGAACAUUGAGAAAGCAGCAACUGUUAUGAAACCUGACCAAGCUGUUACUGUGGAAGAAAUGAAUGCUGCUGAACGGGAAAUAAUCAAGGCACUGCAGAAAGAAGAAUUCAAACAGGAGAUAAGCUCGUUAAAGUCAAAACCCAAAGUCAAUGUACCGGAAACUCAACGACGGCGAAAUACGGUAGCUAGAACUAGCCCGAUUGCUAAACUCGAUCCCUUUAUGGACGAACAUGGAGUUAUACGAGUAGGAGGAAGAAUUCGAAGAUCUAGUAUGGACGCUAAUAUCAAGCAUCCGGUAGUCUUACCAAAGAGAGCUCACGUUUCGAAGCUGAUAGCAAAACAUUUUCACCAGAAGAUUGAUCAUCAAGGACGAGGGAUAACUUGGAAUACGAUACGUGCUUCAGGAUAUUGGAUCGUCGGUUGUAAAGAUGUUGUAGCUAAACUUAUCAAAGAUUGCGCCGUUUGUCAAAGAUUUCGAGCGAGUGUCAAAGAUCAGAAAAUGGCAGAUCUUCCGAAAGAACGGGUUGAGACCUCACCACCAUUCACAUACAGUGCGGUCGACUAUUUUGGACCAUUCUACGUAAAGCAAGGCCGGAAAGAAUUAAAACGAUACGGUGUAUUGUUCACGUGUUUAGCCUCAAGAGCUAUUCAUCUAGAAGUUUCUCACACUCUAGAAACAGACUCGUUUCUAAACGCCUUUCGACGAUUUGUCUCCAGACGAGGACCCGUGCGAGAACUGCGUUGUGAUCGUGGAACGAACUUUGUAGGCGCCAGUACGGAAUUGCAGAAGUGUUUGAAAGAAAUGAAUCACGAUAAGAUCAAAGAGGAAUUGCUAAAAGAAAGUUGCGAUUGGUUUCAAUUCAAGUUCAACGUCCCGAAAGCCAGCCGUAUGGGAGGAAUUUGGGAGAGACAAAUCAGGACAGUUCGGAAUGUCUUAAAUGUUCUUCUAUACCAAAAUGGCAGUCAAUUGAACGAUGAAUCGCUUCUUACCUUCAUGUGCGAAGCGGAAUCUAUCGUCAAUAGUCGUCCGCUUAGUGGUGACAAUCUCGGUUUACCGGACAGUUUAGAGCCGUUAACACCCAAUCAUCUGCUUACGAUGAAGAAUAAGGUUCUUCUUCCCCCACCAGGAGUGUUUCAGAAAGAAGAAAUGUAUCUACGUAAGCAUUGGCGAAGAGUUCAACAUCUAUGCAAUGAGUUUUGGUCGCGUUGGAGAAAAGAAUUUCUGCAUUCCCUGCAAGAACGCCAAAGAUGGCUCAAACCGAAACAGAAUCUCGAAGUCGGAGAUAUUGUUAUCGUCGCUGAAGAAGAAUCAUCCCGAAACUGUUGGCCAUUAGCUCGCGUAGUGAAUGUUGAGAAAGACGAAGAUGGCCUAGUUCGAAAAGUAAAGUUGAUGGUCGGCGAGCGGAGACUCACGAAGCAAGGAAGAAGAGAGAAGCCUCUCGUUAGCCUGGAACGUCCAGUCCACAAGUUGAUAUUGUUGAUCCAAGGAGAAAGACCGGGAAUCCCCGCCGAAGAGCCUGAUGACAAAUGA